CCUCCGCGCGGACCGGGUGCCGGCUCCGCUCCCGCCCUCCCCGCCUCGCUCGCAGUCCGCCCGCCGGCGCUCAGGCCGCGGGGGAAUCCCUCCAUCUCCCCGCCCCGCUCCCCGGGAGGGGAGGGGACAGCGCCGGCGCUCGCGGACCCGCUUUCUCCGAGGGAGCGCCCGAGAGGCGAGCGCGCACUGAGACGCGGGGACCGGGCGCUGCGCUGCGCUCCUGGAGGCGUCCGCUGCCGUCGGGUCGGUCUGAGCCGAGCCGCCCGCAGCCUCGGCGGGACCGCAUUCCCGGCGGCGGGGGCGCCCACCGACUGCGCGCCCUUAUGUUCCCCGCGCAGGACACUCUGCCCCGCGGCGGGCUGAACCUGAAGGAGGAGCCGCUGCUGCCCGCCGGCUUGGGCUCGGUGCGCUCCUGGAUGCAGGGCGCGGGCAUCCUGGACGCCAGCACCGCGGCGCAGAGCGGCGUGGGCCUGGCACGCGCGCAUUUUGAGAAGCAGCCCCCCUCCAACCUCAGGAAAUCCAACUUCUUCCACUUUGUGCUGGCCAUGUAUGACCGGCAGGGGCAGCCCGUGGAGGUGGAGCGCACGGCCUUCAUCGAUUUCGUGGAAAAGGACCGAGAACCUGGGGCUGAAAAGACCAACAACGGGAUCCACUACCGCCUCCGGCUGGUGUAUAACAACGGACUUCGGACGGAGCAGGACCUCUAUGUGCGCCUCAUUGACUCCAUGUCCAAGCAGGCCAUCGUCUACGAGGGGCAGGACAAGAACCCCGAAAUGUGCCGAGUGCUGCUCACCCAUGAGAUCAUGUGCAGCCGGUGCUGUGACCGGAAGAGCUGUGGCAACCGGAAUGAGACGCCCUCUGACCCGGUCAUUAUUGACAGGUUCUUCCUCAAGUUCUUCCUCAAGUGCAACCAAAACUGCCUAAAGAAUGCAGGGAAUCCCCGAGACAUGCGCCGCUUCCAGGUGGUGGUGUCCACGACAGUGAGCGUGGACGGACACGUGCUGGCCGUGUCCGACAACAUGUUUGUGCACAACAACUCCAAGCAUGGCCGCAGGGCGCGCCGCCUGGACCCCUCUGAAGCUGCCACCCCCUGUAUCAAGGCCAUCAGCCCCGGGGAGGGCUGGACCACAGGAGGCGCCACCGUCAUUGUCAUCGGCGACAAUUUCUUCGACGGAUUGCAGGUCGUGUUCGGGAACGUGCUCGUGUGGAGCGAGCUCAUCACGCCCCACGCCAUACGGGUUCAGACGCCCCCGCGGCACAUUCCCGGGGUGGUGGAGGUGACCCUGUCCUACAAGUCCAAGCAAUUUUGCAAGGGAGCCCCCGGCCGUUUUGUCUACACAGCCCUGAAUGAGCCCACCAUUGACUACGGAUUCCAGAGGCUACAGAAAGCCAUCCCCAGACACCCCGGAGAUCCCGAGAGGCUGCCCAAGUCUCUCGCAGGCUACGCGCGCAGCUGCGGCAGCGCGUCCCCACGCGGGUUCGCGCCCAGCCCCGGCUCGCAGCAGAGCAGCUACGGCAGCGGCCUCGGCGCUGGCCUCGGCGGCUACGGGGCGCCGGGCGUGGCCGGCCUCGGCGUGCCCGGGUCCCCUAGCUUCCUCAAUGGCUCCACGGCCACCUCGCCCUUCGCCAUCAUGCCCUCUAGCCCCCCGCUGGCCGCUGCCUCCUCCAUGUCCCUCCCGGCCGCUGCCCCCACCACCAGCGUCUUCUCCUUCUCGCCUGUCAACAUGAUCUCCGCUGUCAAACAGAGGAGCGCCUUCGCCCCCGUGCUGCGCCCACCCAGCUCCCCACCCCAGGCCUGCCCGAGAGCCCACGGAGAGGGACUUCCAGACCAGCCUUUUGAGGAUUCCGACAAGUUCCACUCUUCAGCCCGGGGGCUUCAGGGCCUGGCGUACUCCUAAUCAUGGUCUGCAGGUGUUGCCCCCACCGAGCCCGGACUGGAGGUCCCUCGGGGAUACACACUCACGUGCUGGAUUGCAGCACAGACCGAUGCAGAGCCAGGGCUUCGGGCAGACAUCCGCCCAAAGGCCUGAACAGGCCUCCUUGUGCUUGAGGCCUCCAGCCCCACGGGCUUCUCUCACCUCCCUUUCUCGGGGCUGGUUGGAAGCCCCAGCACUGUGCUGAUGCUCUUGGCAGGAGAGCAUCCCGGGGAGCUACUGGGAUGCUGGGCUUUCCUCGCUGGGUCAGUUCCUCCGGAAGACAUGGACCUUGUGCAGACCGGACCAUCAGGCGACAGGAGCAGGGGAUGGGGACUGUGGGAAAGAGAACAGCUCAGGGAGAAGUGGCCUGGGGAGGUCCUGUUUGUGUCUGACACAUCUCAGCUGGCCCAGCAUCCCGACUUCUCUCCAGGGCAAGGGGUGGUGCCCAGCAGCCUCAGGAGGCCUGCCCAGGCUCCCAUGGAGCUUCCAAUGGCUGCUUGACCCCCGUGGCUGCACCCUUCAAGGCCUGCACACUCAUGCUUGCCACAUUUUAAAUCCCACUGGGGGCUUUUGGUAUGGAGGGUGCAGAAGAGGGAGUGCCAAGCCCCCUGAAUUGUGGGUCUUCCUCCCCAUGGAUAUCUCAUGGACUCUGGCCCCCCCCCCCACACGAUUCUGGCUGGCCCCGUAGCACCAUGGAAUGGGCCUGGCUGCCGCUGGCCUCAUAUUCUGCUCUGCUGAGGUUGGAGAAAACAGAACAAUAAACACAGCCGCAGGUGGCCACCCGGCCUCUCUUGCUCCUUCCUUGGUGUGGGUCUGCUUUUCUCAGCAGUUCUGCAGCUCUCCUGGGGCCCCUCCCAGCUGUGCCCCCGUGCAGCCUUCUUGCACCCUUGGGCUUUUUCAACAGCCCCCGAGGUCAGCUGAGCAAGUAUGACCUGCCCCAUGUUUGCUCUCAGGUACUGUUGGGGGUGCUGGGCAAGCUAGCAGGCCUGAGGACCUAGGACGCGGGCUCCAGCCCAAGAGCUUAGGCUGGGAGCACAGUCUGGCCACUGAGGACUCAGUCCCCCAACUGUCCGGCCAGGCUGGUCCUGGUGCAGAGGGUUGUCAAAGGAUUUUCUGGGAUCCAGAACAGUGCAAACAAAACACUCCUCAGUCCCAUAGAGGCUCAGAAGUGCCAUCGAUUCAGAACGGAGGUUGCAGGGCCUUACCUGGACAAGGCAGGGCCAGGUAGGGCAGCUUGUGGUCCUGAGGUUGCCUAGUUGAACAAGUCCCAACCACCCCCCUCCCCAGGCGUAGGCACCUUUGGCUCUCCUGUCUCAGAGUUUGGGAGGAGGGGUAGUAACGAGGCAAGAGUCCCAGGCUCAUUUAUCCCCGCUCCUGGAAUGAAUCCCUGCCAUCCCCUGAGAUAUGUCCCCUAGAUCGCAAAGGUCUGGCUGGCUGACUCUGGAAGCCACUUUUUUGACCCACUGUCCAGGGAGUCCAGAGUCCAGCUCCAGGCCUCAGGCUUUCCUCUCUUCCUGGUGGUCCUCCUUGGCUCUGGCCUCCGGAAACUCUGCAACCCAUGGUCCCAUGCCCUGCAGUCCUCUGAACAAAUACACUUGCCAAGGCAGAUGGGCCGCUCAUGUCCUUCAGAGGCCUUCACUUCCUUCUCUUGUGUUCUCGGCCAAUAUUUGGGAUUCAUCUCACGUGGGGUCCAUGACGGGGAGAGCCUUCUGUUUAUCUCCAUGCUGCGCUGGCCUCCCCCUCAGUUCCUGCCUCCAGCCCAUGUUGCACAGCCCCAAAGCCUGCCAGCCCACGCCCCCUGCUCCAAACAGGCUCUGAGCAAUUCCCACGGCCCAGGUCCAUUCCCCCCGCCCCCACCCCGGCUGAACACCUGCAAAACUGUCGUCUGCACUGGGUGCAGGUGGUAGCUGGGUAAUGGUCACCCUCUGGUUCCUGGGGUGGGUCAGGUGCAUGGUUGAUACAAAAGAGAUGUGAGAUCUGUCCUCAAAGAUCUCAAAACUGCUCAGGCCACCAUCCAACUCAACACUGCCCACGCCCUGUCCACAGAAGGCGGGACUAAAUCAGUGACUAAAUGUUUGCUUUGAACUGAAUUGUGUCCUCCCAAAAUUCAUACACUGAAGCCCUAACCCCGUCCCCCAUGUGGUAUAUUUGGAUGUAGGGCCUUUAAGGAGGAGAUUAAGGUUAAAUAAGGUAGGAAGAGUGGGGCCCUAAUCUGAUAGAAACUGUGUCCUUGUAUGAAGAGGAAGAGACUCCAGAGUUCUCUUUCCACUGUGCGAGGAUACAGUGAGGUGUCCAUCCAUAAGCCAGAGAGAGGGUCCUCACCAGGAACUGAGUCAGCUGGCAUCUUGAUCUGGGACUUCAAACUUCCAGAACUAUGAGAAAAUAUAUUUCUGUUAUGUAAGCCACUCAGUCUCUGGUAUUUUGUGCUGGCGGCCCAGGCUGACUCACACAAUGUUCUUUCCCACGUGUCUUAGUUUGGGUUCCCCUAGAAGCAGAACCUGAGACAAGUUCCCUGCUGGAGAACUCUGGGAGCCAGUGUAGAACCCACCUCGGAGAUUUCCCACCUGAGUGGCAAAGAAUCUGGAAUACUGAUGCUCCAGCCCUCAUCUGCACUUGCCUGAGGACUGCUCCCAGGAGAUGAUCCUUCUGGCAUUUCUGGUCUGCCCUCCCACCUGCAGAGGAAAAGCCACCAGUUAGGGUUUUGUUUUAGAAUGUUGCAAGCAAGUACCGGAACUGAACUGUAAGUCCAAAGGGAUAUGGGCAAGGCACCAAGAGCCUCUACUGCUAGCCCUUUAGAGAGAGAGCGUCUCUAGAAAGUCCUCUGCCUUCCUCCCAUAUAUGUUUUCCAGAAGAAGCAGGCUGCUGCUUCUGCCCCCAACCCUGGGGAUCUGGCAGCCUUUGGGCCUGCAUUUAGCUCAAGCAGGACCCACUGUGGACAGGUUCCAGUGACUCAAGUGAAGGUAGGCAGCAGCUUUGACAAGCCCUCUGGCUGACUAUUCUGCAAAAUGCCCUUCUCCCCCCACCCCUACCCUGCCACCCAUAUGGGUAGGAUCCUUCUUCUUCCCAAAAGAAAAAUCUCCCAGAAGAAUGGGAAGUGCCAUGCAUCGGGAGAAAGAUAGUCUUUUCAAUAAAUGACAUUGAGUCCAUUGGAUAUUUAU